AUGACGUGUCUCUGGGACAACUGGAGCAUUCAACUUUUGGUACUACUCGGCUUGAUUUUCCAGAUGGUGCUUGCUGUAUUAGGAAGCCGCAGGAAGACCGCAAGUGGCCAGACAAUCACAUUUGUUAUUUGGGCAUCUUAUUUGCUCACCUCUUAUUUAGCGACGCUUGCGCUCAGCAAGCUCACGACAGUCAGACUCAACAAGUCCGAGGAAGAGUGUGAUGCCGAACUAAAAGCAUUGUUGGCGCCUUUGAUUCUACUGCUGCUGGGGAAUCCAGAUAGCAUUACCGCAUAUUCAGUGGAAGACAACCGGCUCGGCGUGAGGCGUGUGUUGAACCUCAUCAUCACGUUUUCUUUCGUAGCCUGGAUCCUUGGGCGAAAUUGGAAGACCUCCAUCCCGAUGAUACUAUACUUUCCCUUGUUUGCUGCUGGGACAAUCAAGUACGGAGAAACAAUUUGGGCACUCUUUUCUGUGUACGACGAGAACACGAGCAUGAGAGAAGAGGAUUUCAAGGAAGAAAAGGAGUCGUAUUCUGCAUUGACGAGCUCCCACCAAGACUUUCCCGGUUUGAAGAUUUUCUUGAAGGCUUACUACCGGUUUGAUUGUUUAAAGCCUCACCUUGUGGACUGGCUGAAGCACCCUUUCUUCAUGGACCAUCGUAAUAAGUUGAUCCAAAAUUACAGUCCUGAAGAAGUAUUCUUGACGACCGAUAUGGAACUCGGGUUCAUGUAUGAUGUCCUCUACACUAAAGCACCAGUUCUUUAUACCAAGACCGGGAUCACGCUCCGAGUCAUCAGUUAUUUUUGUUUGCUGUUGACCUCAGGCGGAUUCCUGGGGCUUUUCUUUGAUGAACACUGGAGAGGUCCGUACGUUAGUUACACGUUUGGCCUGCUGAUUGGAGUCGUGCUUCUGGAAACUUAUCAGUUGUUGAAGCUAUUCGAUUCGGAUUGGGUGAUUAUAAUGAAUAUUAAGCACCAUAGAAAGGUCUCGAAGUUUCUGAAAUUUCUUGUCAAACGAUCUCUGAAGAAGAAAAGGUGGUCUCACACAAUUCGUCAAGUUAAUUUUCUGGAUUUCUUCCAACACGAAAAACGGCCCUGGCUCUUCAAAAUCCUCAAAUUCUGUGGCAAGGCCGAGAAGUUAAUGAGAUAUCGGGCAACACAAUCUAAAAAAAUUCCCAACUAUUUUAAAAAAUUAUUGCUUGAAGACAUGGAAAAGUUUGAAACAAAGAGAGACAGUCGACCCUUCACGAAAAGAGGCCAAUGGACGCUCGAGGCUCAGGAGUCUCUGGAUAAGCUCCAAUGGAGUAUCGAGAUGGCAUUUGACAGAAGCAUCAUCAUAUGGCACAUUGCGACCCAUAUCUGCAACGAAUCUUGCCACGAAAUUUCAGACCGUAGCAAGGCAAGCAAACUGAUAUCAGAUUACAUGAUGUUCCUUUUGGUCCGACAUCCUCACAUACUCUCCUUGACCACAGCCAAGAUCACUCGCAAUGACGCCUACUCUAAGUUUGAGACAUUCUUGAAGAAAAUCCCAGAAGAGCGGCCCGACAGAGAGAGCAUCCUGGAAAUUCUAUCGGGAACAGAGUAUGUGCAAGAACGUCCCCCAGAGGGGAGCCUUGAACCAGUAAUCACCAGAGGGUGGAAUGUUGUUGAGGAAGCGCGAAGACUCGCGAGAGAGCUGAAAGAUACUGAGAACAGAUGGGAGAUCAUCAGUAGCAUUUGGGUUGAGAUGCUAUGUUUUGCGGCAUACAAUUGCCAGCAAUACCACCACAUGGAGCUGCUGAGGCAGGGCGGAGAAAUCAUCACUCACGUGUGGCUCCUCCUUUCUCACAAGACGGACAAGUUCAACACCAUUAAGAUUUGGAACAUAAAAAUCGAAUAG